UUCCUCUUCAAAAUAAUUCGCAAGAGCUGCGCGCUCCUUUCGCGCUGCACAAGACUUCGUUCAAAUUGCCAUUAAUUCGGAUUUUAAUUAACAAAACAAUUAGUGCAUUAAGACAAGAAAACCAUGCGUACCAUGGGUUUUAUAAAGGCAAAAGUGUCGCACGCGCGAUUAGUCAAGAAAAUUGUGAAAAUUAAGAAAACUCCAGUGAUAAGUGGCUUUCGGGCAUUUAGUGGUCCCACAAAAUUCACUCUGCGCCCUACAUGCCAACUAGAGGUACCACUAUACAUUAGACGUAAACGCGCCAGAAGCAGACGUCGAUAAAAGUGCAAAACAAAACACAACGCUGAAAAUAUUUGUAAACAGCUGUCGGCCAAACAGCCGCCAGAUGGCGCCACCUCGCCUCGCUUGUUGGCAUUGCCAGCUGCAAGUAAACGCCAUAUUUGAUUCUGCCUCGUCGCUUUGGUGUUUGUUAAAGAAAGCGAAUUUUCAUACAAACAGCAUAAUUUGAUGCUGAUGCAUAUUGUGACUGAAGUUUAAAAAUAAAAGAAAAUGAUUUGAAUAUUACGUGCGAAUGAGUGUGUAUUUUAUAUCGUGAGUUGUAAGGCGUAACAGCAACAACAACUGGCCAAGGCCCAGAAAGCGUUCGCCAUGGAACAAUACAUCGUACAUAGCAACAGUGAGGACAUGGAAAUGAAGCCCGUCUACUCGGACUUGCAAGUAGUGCAAGUACCGCACGACGAAGUCAGUUCCCUCGUCCUGCAGGACGAUCAGCAACUGGUGUUCAGUGAUCAGCAGCAAGUUGUCUACCAGACCGCCGCCCCCGCGCAGUAUCAACAACCGCAGCAGACGACAACCGCGAGUCACUACAUUAUAGGCGCCGAGCUGCAGCAGCAACAGCAGCAGCAGCAGGAAGUGCAGCAACAACAGCAGCAGCAGGUGGUUAUGCACCAUCAGCAUCAGCAGGUGCACUACCAGCAGCAACAGCAGGAGGUGCAGCAGCAGCAGCAACAGUUGCGUCUGGAGCAACAGCAGCAAUAUGUGCAACAACAACAACCCGCCAUUCAGCACACGCAGCAAAUCUAUUACACAUCAGACCAAGUGCUUCAGCCCAAUACCAUUGUGCAGCAUGCAUCCAUGCAGCAGCUGCAACAACAGCAGCAACAGAAGAAACAGCAGCAACAGCAAGUGCUGCAGCAGCAACAUCAGCAACAGUACCAACAGCAGCAGCAGCAGCACACCGCCUAUCAACAGCAAACUACGUCGCUGGUGCAAACCACUCCUCAGCAGCAGCAGCAGUUGCUACAAAGCCCACAGCACCAGCAGCAAACGCUGCAGCUGCAAACGGCACCAGCGCAACAGCAACAGCCGCAACAGCAUCCGCAGAUUGUCUACCGCAUGACGACCACGCAACAACAGCAGCGCCAAAUAAGCAUGCUCAACAACACGCAUGUGAUUGUGCAACAGCCGACAGGACAGCAGGUGUUGAUACAGGCCCCGCAGCACCAGGAGCUGAUUAUGCGACAGGCCACUGGCAUUCCACAGCAGGGUAUCAAUAUUCACGCGUACAACAAUCGCGUAGUGUACACUACCUCGCCCCAGCAGCAGCAACAACAGCAGCACGUACUGCAACAACACGUGCAACAGCAACAGCAGCAGCAACAACAACUACAUCUACAGUCCCAAACCACACAUCUUGUGCAGACGCGCGUCGUGCCGCAGCAAACGGGCAACGUCGUCUAUCAGCAAGUGCAAUUGCCCAAAGCGCCACUACAGCAGCAACAACAGCCACAGCCACAGCAGCAACAACAGCAGCAACAGCAACAAGGACAGGUGCAGCAGCAGCCACAGCUAGUGACCACAGGCACACAACUGGUGCGUUCACCAUUCCGGGGUAAAGCAACACGUGGAAGUGCCGUCAUUGCCAGACAACCCAUUGGUACUGCGGUAACAACGCGUGCGGCUUUGGCGCCCACUCUUGUGCGGCAAAUGCGACCUCGUGGCGGCCUUCAGACCGUGACUGGUGGCAUUAUGAGAAGUGUACGGCAGCAGGGCGUGCGACCCACUCGCACGCAGCUGGUGGUGCAGACAAGCGCUGCCGGCGAGGGCCAGACAAUGCAGCUGGUGACCCAGCCACAGAUGGCCAAGCAAAUAACUAUAACGAAUCUUGGCCAGCCUACAGUGACGGCGCCGGGUCAGCAAAUGCAGCCGCGUCAUAUAUAUCGCCAAGUGGUCAGCGAGCCGUCUGCCAAUGCCCAGCAGCAACACCAGCAGAUGGUCGUGAUGCGUCAACCGCCGUUGCGCUAUCGGACCGCUUCGGCGCCAACGGCAGCUGCGCCCGCACCGAAUAGUAACACGAUGGGCUUGGAUCUGGAGGAGAGCAUACAGGCGGUGGUGGUAAAGAAAGAGCAACAGCAGCAAAAGCCGGCGACGACCAAUCUGCCCAUUCAGCUCGCAACGGGCGGCAACACCACGUUGACUACCUACUACCAGCAGAGCUCGGCCGCCAACAGUAGCAGCGAAGAGGAGCAGCAACAACAGCAGCCGUCACAACAACAACAACAACAGCAACUACAACAGGCUCAGCAGCCUGGUGUGCGUACUGCCAGCGGAUCCAGCAUGAGCCUGGCGGAAUACAAGAAACGGCAAACUAUGGCAAGUUCACCGGCUCCGACAGCCACGGGCGCCGCUGGACUCACACCCAUGCGAACGGCAGCACCUGCCACUCUGGUGCGGUCGGUGCCCAAGUUGACGCAGACGGCGGCGCAGUCUCAGGGAACACAGCAGCAGCAACAGCAGCAGCAGCAACAACAGCAACAACCCAACGCUGCUGCCGCACCGCGCAUUAUGCAGCCUCAGCAGCGGGUACUUGCCACAGCGCCGACCCAGCCGCAGCCGCAAGCGUCGUCCGUGCAACAAACGUCGCACAACAACUACGAGAUUCAUUCGCAGCACGUUCUGAAUAAUCGCGCCGGUCAGCCCAUUGCGGAUCGCGAUCGCAACAGCGCCAAAAUGUUGGUCAUUCUCGCCUCCGGGGAGCAGCGUCUGAUUACGUUUACGCUGCCGCGGGAGUCGUGUACCGUGCAGGAUCUGCUGGAGCAGGUUUGCGUGCCUUUCGACAAUAGCACCACCAUCCAAUGCGUGGAGCAUCACGGCGCCAAUGUCGACUUCGUAGUCACCGUGGGCUUUUCCGUCAACGAAUCUGCCAGUGAACUGAUUUCACGCGCUGAGGAGAGUCUCCAAAUGAAUCGACAGCAGGAGAACGCCGCCGCGGCAGCAACUACAACGCCUGCCUACAAUCAACAGCCGACAACAGCGGCCAAUGCAGCAGCUGCCGAGCAGGUUAAGCGAGAUGCAACAGCCGCCGGCACAGGCACCACCUCCACGGCUGCGAUUGCGCCAGCGGAAGGACCCAAGCUGAUUGACGGCUUCUAUGCCGUUUGCCAGCUGUGCGGCUUUACGGGCAUGGACCAUGCAAAGUGUGAACGAUGUAAACGAGUUUUCCAGGAGCCGCCCAAGCGUAAAUCCUAUGUCACCAAGUCUUCGAAUGCGUCCGUGGCCUCCAUAGCUGGCGCAGGCACAUUGGCGGGUGAGCCGGCGACGGCGGCAGACAAGAAACGUGAACUGGCGCGACUCAACAAACAGGUGGGCGGCGUUGGCGGCAAUUUCGCGCCUGGCUCUAGCAACGUGCGGGGCAGGGGCAUGGCGAUUAGAGGCGGACGUACGCGCAGCGGUCGGCGAAUGGCCGAGGCGGAUCCCGUAGUGUUGCUCAGCAGUGAGGAUGAGGCUGAACAGGACGAGUCCAAUGGCGAUGCUGGCAAUUUUCCCACCACCAAUGCCAAACGUAAUUCUAAUGGAAGUGUUCAUCAACUGCCUGCCGCAUUUGCCUGUGAUCCAAUACUGCCCGAAGUGGAUGAGGAAGCAUUAUACAAAGACUUUGUACGCGGAGAUGUUACUGAUCUGUCCGAUAUGCCCGAUGGCGAAACAUUUACCACCGAACUGACCUGCAAAUGUCUGCGCCUGAUGCCCUACCGUUUUAUGAUAACCGAACCGGUUACCUUUACCUCAAAGGGAGUGCGCUUGGCCGGAGUGCUACCGGACAAGGACGAGAAGUUUGUGCUGCACAUAUAUAAGCACGAGGUGAUCAAGGUUAUUGCACACUUUGCCAGCUACGAGCAGGCGCAGCCGCUGGUCACGCUCUACAUGCUGAAGACCUGCGCUCAGUAUGUAAAGUCGCAGCUGCAGCUGCCCGAAGAUGCGCCCAAUGAACAGUUCGGCGUCAAGUGGCACGGCAGCUUUCACGAGCGCCGCUUAAUACUGCUCUUUGAUACGAUCAGUUUUUCGGCUCGCGAGACCCUCAAAUCUAUGUUUAGUUUUCUGGAUGAAAUCUCAUCGCGUGAUGCGGCGGAAAUAUUGGAGCGUAUCGCGGAAUCAGAUCGCAAGGCACUGGACAAGCCCACACAGCUGGCACCGCGACAGCUGCGUCCUGACGAGCAGGUCAGUCUGCUUAUGUACCCGCCCAAGGGCACGGGCGGACUAUGCAUACGCAUGGAGGAUUACGUUUGCCUAACCAAGGAGUCGUACUUGAAUGACAUUAUCAUUGAUUUUUAUCUGCUGUGGCUGCGCAACACACUCAUACCAGAGGCUCAGCGCGAGCGCACUCACAUUUUUAGCACAUUCUUUUACAAGCGCCUGACAACGCUAACUCGUCCAACGGACGUAAAACAGACUGCGGCACAGAAGCGUCAUGCACGCGUCCAAAAAUGGACAAAACUAGUUGAUAUAUUUGAUAAGGAUUUUAUCAUAGUGCCUAUUAAUGAGCAAUCGCAUUGGUUCCUGGCCAUCAUCUGUUUCCCCUGCCUAAAAGGCCCCGUCACCUUCGACACCAAUCAGCCUGUGGAGCCGCAACACCUAAAGCGUCCGCGCGGCAAGAAGGUCGCUCUGCAGAUUGGGAACACAACAAUUACGCCGCUGUCCAAGCGGGAGACAGUCACUCUGCCGGCCAUGCCCAGCGAAAUUUGUCGAAUUGCCGACGACGAAAGCGAACGUGAUGAGGCUGAGGGCGAUGACAGCGAUAUGGCAUCUGAGGUUAGUGAGAACUCGAAUCCACCCAUCAGCAAGGAACCGGCAGCAGCGCCAGCGGCAACGCCAGCACCCACGACGACAACGCCGUCUUCUGGACCCGCACGAGCAAGUAACGACGACGUGCCGGCUGUGAAGCAGCCUUUGAUUUUAAUCUUUGACUCUCUGGCGGGUGCCUCGCGCAGUCGAGUGGUGGCCACGCUGCGCGAUUAUCUGACAUGCGAAUACAAGGUGAAGAAGCCGGAUGCGCAGGCGCACAUUUUCAACAAGGAUAACAUGCCGGGACAUUGCGUCAAGGUGCCGCAACAGAACAAUUUUACCGACUGCGGCCUUUAUCUGCUGCAGUAUGUGGAGCAUUUCUUCAAGGAUCCGAUUAAGGAUUACAGACUGCCCAUCAAGCAGCUUACCAAUUGGUUCGAUUAUCUUACCGUCACCAAGAAGCGCGAGGACAUCGCCCAGCUGAUACAGCAGCUGAUGGAUGACAGCAACACACAGCAGCCGCGGCUCAUUUUGCCAGUAAUCGAGUUUCCCACUCUCAAUGGCCAGUUGGUUGAGUAUCCCGAGGAGACGGAGAGCGCCGAGUUUGAGGAGGAGGAAGGACACGAGGACGAGGAGCACGCUAGUGAUAUGCAUGAGGACAGCACACCCACUGAAAUGGAUGUGGAUCCCACGGCCGAGGAACUGCAGCAGGCACAGGCGUCGAAGGCGUCCGCUCAAACCGUGACAACAACUACGACAACUACCAGCCCCACUGUGAUGACAGGAACCACGGCGCGCAGAUUUGUCCUCAAGCGUCGCCUGCAAAACGGUGCCUCCGCUUCGCCAAGCAAUGGCAAUGGAGCGAAUGCCGGAGAGAACAAUAACAGUAACCAGGUGGUGAUGCCACAUCUGGUCAGCACUUCCCCCCUCAGCAACAGCAGCAGCACACCCAGCUCCCUCAUAGCAAAAGGGGUUGCCGCCAGCGUUGGCACUGGCAGCCUUAAGAUUCGCAAGAUCGAACCGUAGCACUCGGGUGCAGACCCUGUUGCAGACAUGCCUCCGUUGCAGCUGCUGCAGUUGUUGCGCCCAUUGUAAAUAAUAAAAAUAAAAAAAUUUAUUAUACAAACAUUAAAAAAUAAAUAUGCCCAACAUUUCUUAAA